ACUAUCAUAAGCUGUCAACAAAUUGCACCGAAACCGUUCGUUUUUCCGGUGUCAAUUGCUACACCGGUGCAGUGCACCGUCGGGAAUAAACGAAUUCGACAUUAAUAACUUUCCACAUGCAGUUUGUCCAUAAGAUGCAUCUCACUUCACUCGUCGCGUCCAGGGCAGCGGAGGAUCGGUUGUUAGUCGUUCGCAGUCCACUAUUCGAAGUGGAUUGCUUUUGUAUAUUUAUACACAAUCUGAGUCUCCUGCCGACGGCCGCGAGAAUCGUGAAAUUUAAUAACGCCUUUCCAGAAGAUUUCGAGCCGGUUUCGUUACACAAAGGUUCCCGUUGGUGCAUCUUAGGUGGGAGGUUUUCUUCACCGUAUCGCUGUGCUCGUUUACAGUUUAUUUAGUUUUGAUACGUUAUCACGUGGCGAAGUGCGAUUCAACUUAAAGGUGUUCUUUACAAUUCGGCAGCCGAGGUGUUGGAAACAUCUUCCAUCCAUAACCAAACAGGACAUCCGAUGCAACAUGUCGCACAACCGUCGUGCAACAUACAACAUGCUGCUCAGGAGCAGCGAAAAUCGCUCCGUACCGUUCUGUAAUUGCGAAUAUCCGGCCGUGACGCGGUCCCGACACACGGACAAGAAAAUCGAACGCUGCCGAUGCGGCGAAGAUAGUUCGACGCGAUUCGAUUGGACCUGGGAUGUCGACUGUGGCCAUCCGGACACGAAAAUCACCAACGGGACGGAGAUUGUCUUCCAUCCCGUGUACAGCCAAGGGACGGCCGUUAUACGCGGAACACAGCCGUUGCAGCAGGGCAUGCACCAUUAUUGGGAGAUAAAAAUCCUGAGUCAGCUGGCCGGGACGGAUAUCAUGCUCGGAAUAGGAACCGACAAGGUAGAUCUACUCGCACAUCGAUUCAAAUUUUCCAGUUGCCUGGGUUUGGAUGACCAAUCGUGGGGCUAUUCGUACCGUGGUCUCACGCAGCACAACAAUCAGCUGAAAUACUACGGCAAAAAGUACAGUCAAGGCCGCAUUAUCGGUGUCUACGUCGAUAUGUUCCGCGGUGUCCUGGAGUUCUAUCUCAACCGGCGGUCGCAAGGCCGCGCCUACUCAAACAUUCCUCGCGACAGCAAAGGAUGCAUUUAUCCGAUGGUCUGCUCGACGUCCGCCAAGUCAUCGAUCAAACUCAUCAAUGCGGCAUCCUUCAAGGAUAGCCUGGUGUUCAACUGCAUGAAAGUGAUCUCCAAGUAUCCGAAACUACUAGAGCAAGUGUACGCAAUACCGGGGUUGAGGCGACACGCGGAUGACUUGUGGUUCCUCCAAUUGCGGGAACCGAAAAAGCCUGACGAAUUUCAACGCAACAACCUUCUCCUAGAAGACGAGGCGCUGCUUUGUGGAAUGAAGAAAAAGAAAUUCAACGGAUUGGUUUCGCACAGUCAAGUGCAAACUGCACCGGAAAAUAUUUCGGAAGAUCAAAUUUACGACAACAUGAUCACGGAAGAGGAUACGAAGAAGCAGCCAAUUGGUGGCGCUCGAACCGUAAGCACCAGUAGCAGCAGUGAGGACGAGGAAUUGGCGUGGAUGAUCUCUCGUGAGUUCUUCUGCAAUCACUGAAUGAGAAGACAUUUAUAAGGCAACUGAAAAAUUCCAACGUAUAUGACUGAUUUAGAGCGUGUUGAUCGGCAGUAGACUUAAGUAAAUUAUUCCGGAAGAAUUAGAACUUGUGCCAUCUACAAUUACUUUUAGAUUUAUAUACGAGCAAUGUUCGGCAGUUGACCGAACUUACAUUAAUGAAAAAUACACGCUAAAAUUUGUUCAAGACUUAUGUUCGAUUAUGUGUAAAUGUUGCAGUCUUUUUGUGUAGUAAACAUCAGAUUUUGAAUGUUUUUUUUUUUAACACGUAAGCGCAACUACUCUGCGGAAAUAUUUAGCUAGCACUCAUGUGUUCCAUGCAUAUCGUCGAAUAUGUAACCUACUAUAAACUACAUAUUUAAAAUAAACGUUAUAUUUAACAAAGACUAA